GAAAGCGAAUACCCCAAUCGCCAAAAUCCAAAAUGACUUCUUCAUCUUCAUCUUCUCCGGUCUACACCUGCACGGAGUGCGGAGCAAACCUGAACCUGAACGCAGCCUAUCUCUACCCGCCGGACGUUUACUUCGAGGCCGGCAACAAGAAAACGCUGUCGUUUUCGGGGAUCGACACGACCAAGUUCAGGUUCGAGAAGGAGGACAAGAUCAUGCCCUUCUGGGAGACCCGAAACUAUUGGGGGAUCCAACGGACGAGGACCAAGAUCAAGUGCAACGGAUGUGGGCGGCUGGUCGGACACGUGUACGACGAUGGGCCGCCGAUGAUGGUGGGGAAUGGGCAGUAUGGGUUCGGGCCCAGCCAGGUUAUUCCCAGAGCGGCUAGGUACAGGUUCAAGAUCAAGGCCUUACGGGUUUCGUCUCAGACUUAAUUAGUUGGAACAUUUGUGUAAUCGGAUCAUUUUACUGUAAAGAGUGACAUUUUUAGUUUAAUGAAUAAUACCACAAAUUCUGUA